UUGUGCGCAUGUGCGCUUUUUACAUAAAGCAUGAGCAUAUCACAACACUUAAAACAGCUUACUUGGUCUUUACACUAUUUAUUUUUAUUAAGCAUGAUUAUAUACUUUGUAAUGCCUUAAUGAAAAAAGGCUAAUUCUCAUUCUCACUAUUCCUAACUCUCAGUGUCUGCUUUCUAUCACGGCGGUAUUUCAAAAAAAAAGAAACUCCAAUCUUCUGCACAGAGUAGUAGUGACAUAAAUGAUGCUGGAGUCCUUUUAAAUUUUGGAAUCUGUUGUAUUUUGGUGCUCCAGAACUUCAAAGUACAGCAAUAUACAAAUGUGUGCAGCAGCGCAGGCUACCUUUUUAUUACUGAAAUGAAAUAAAACUACUUCACUGUCAACACAUUGUGACAUUCAAGCAGUUUAAUAUUUUAUUCUUCCUUCAGAAUGGCAUCAGCUGUACUAGGGCUAAUUUGGGGUAUUGUAGAAUAGAGCUGACAGCAACAGAACUGCGCUUAAGGAAAUAGGAUCUAUAAAAAUGUGCAGUGCAAUACCUUAUCAUGUUACUCCUAAGUCCACCCACACCCUCAUCAAAUACACUGUUAUCACAUGUUUUAAUGUCAUUGGAGUUGCAGCUGGCUUCCAUAUUGCAGUAUUUCCUGUCCAAAAGGGCAAGGGGUUGUUUGAAGUUUAAAGGGUCUCAGUGCAGCGCAAACCAUUCAAAAAGAAUGGCCAGCACACGGUGCAUGGCCUGGGAACGCUGAAGCACAAAGGCUUGCCUAGAAAUCUUUCACAUAUCAGUAGAGAGCGACACUGUGAACCCUGCCUCCUACGUGUGUCUUUUCCCACGGAUUUUUGCACCUUCUUGCAAAAUUGUCUUUGCUUUCGGCCACCCGGGAGAAACGUUUGAGGACGGCUCUCCGGCUUGGUCCCCCCCAGUGCCGCCGUCCCUUUCCCCUCCCGGCGCCGGCGGGAGCGGCAGGGCAGGAUGCGCUGUGUCGGGAGAGCCCACCUAGAGGGCCCCCUUGACGCCAGCGCAGCCUCUGCCAGCAGAGCCCUCGCCGCAGCCGAGCCCAGUCUGCUGCAGAGUAAGUACCACGGAGUCCGCAAGUGUCCGGAGCUGCUGCUGGGCGAGGACACGGGCAGCCCGAGGGGUAGGUUGGAAAUUCUUGUCAGGGAAAAGGAAGCAAGAGCCUGUUGCCUGCGUUGCUUCAAAAUAUACGUCGUCUCUUUUGCCCGGGCUUGAGAAUCCUCCCGAGGAUAUUUACCAGAGCGUCAAGGAGGCAUAACUCCUAUCUGGGAGCUGAAUUGGGAAAAAAGGACAGCAGAAAAAAAAAAAUGCUUAGGUAACAUGGGACUUAAAGCUUUGCUUUCAUUUUGCAACAUACAGAAUGAUGCACAUGGCUUUAUAUACAGUGUAACAUCAAAACAGAACUAGGUUCUGCAGUGCAAGAGUCAAUAGCUUAGUCAUUUUACUUAAAGGGGGCAGGCAGCUUCAUAAUGGGGUUAGACAGCAAAAAUGAAUUUGAUCAUUGUAUGCUCACAUCUCGUGAUGGUAUCUAACUGUAGUCGUGUCCUAUGGAGCGGAAAAAGCAUACUUCCUUCCUUCUUUCUUAGUUAGUUGAAGAAACAAACCCACAGUAUCCAAUUCAGAAAUAAGUUUGGGUUUGUUGUACAUGGCUAUUAAACAUCAUCCUUUUCCCUGGGCUUGUAAGAAAGGAAAACUGCAUUAAAGCGAUCACUAAUGAAUAUGUGUCUAAGAAAGAAGAAAAAGCAAUAUUCAUUUCUGAACAUGGCAAAGCAAUCUGAAGUUACGUAUCUUCCCCUAACCACUGAUUUGGCACGGAUGACAAGAAACUAUCGUUUGACUAACCUUUUCCAACUGUCCAAAAUGCUGCAUAUGAAGAUGCUUUAAUUCCCAGUCAAAGCACUUGGAUUUUUAUCAAGGCAUUAUCACAACAGUUUCUAUAUACUGAUUAGUUUAAUGUUUUUUAAGUAGCAAGUGAUGCAUAAAUGGAUGGACAUGUACCUAGAAAACCCUGUGAGAAGUAUUUCUUCAGAUCCCGGGAAUUUUUAUUUUUGUGGAUUACAGUAAUUCUUGCAAUAAUCCCUGCUGUUAACUGCUCGUGCAGUGUUCUGGAAUGCAUCUAUGAAUACCACAGCAGAUAAAUCUGUCUGACAAGGAAAACACUAAUGCUGGAAGAUCUGUGAACAUGAUGCAUGUGAAUAAUUUCCCCUUUAGGAGGCAUUCAUGGAUAUGUUUCGAUGUAGACAAUGGUACAUCAUCGGGAAGAAGUCCCUUGGAUCCCAUGACGAGCCCUGGAUCAGGGCUAAUUCUUCAGGCAAAUUUUGUCCACAGUCAGCGUAGGGAGUCUUUCCUUUACCGGUCAGACAGUGACUAUGACCUGUCUCCAAAGUCCAUGUCCAGGAACUCCUCCAUCGCCAGUGAUAUACAUGGAGAUGACUUGAUUGUGACACCAUUUGCUCAGGUGCUGGCCAGCCUGCGUACUGUACGGAAUAACUUUGCUGCAUUAACCAAUUUACAAGAUCGAGCACCCAGCAAACGAUCACCAAUGUGUAACCAACCAUCUAUUAACAAAGCAACCAUAACAGAGGAGGCCUACCAAAAACUGGCCAGCGAGACCCUCGAGGAGCUGGACUGGUGCUUGGACCAGCUGGAGACCCUGCAGACCAGGCACUCCGUCAGCGAGAUGGCCUCCAACAAGUUUAAAAGAAUGCUCAACCGGGAGCUAACCCACCUAUCUGAAAUGAGCAGGUCGGGCAAUCAGGUCUCAGAAUACAUAUCGAACACGUUCUUAGACAAACAACAUGAAGUUGAAAUCCCUUCUCCAACGCAAAAGGAGAAAGAGAAAAAGAAGAGGCCAAUGUCGCAGAUCAGUGGAGUCAAAAAACUGAUGCAUAGCUCCAGCCUCACUAAUUCCAGUAUUCCCAGAUUUGGAGUUAAAACAGACCAAGAGGAUGUUCUUGCCAAGGAACUGGAAGAUGUGAACAAAUGGGGGCUUCAGGUUUUCAGAGUAGCAGAGUUGUCUGGAAACAGACCAUUGACUGUCAUCAUGUACACCAUUUUUCAGGAACGGGACUUGUUGAAAAUAUUUAAGAUUCCAGUAGAUACUUUAAUAACUUACUUGAUGACCCUAGAAGACCAUUACCAUGCAGAUGUGGCAUAUCACAAUAACAUACAUGCUGCAGAUGUUGUUCAGUCAACCCAUGUCCUGCUAUCAACCCCAGCAUUAGAGGCAGUGUUCACAGAUUUGGAGAUUCUUGCAGCAAUUUUUGCCAGUGCAAUACAUGAUGUAGAUCAUCCUGGGGUUUCAAACCAGUUUCUUAUCAACACAAAUUCUGAACUUGCCUUGAUGUACAAUGACUCAUCAGUACUGGAGAAUCAUCACUUAGCUGUGGGCUUCAAGCUGCUGCAGGAAGAAAAUUGUGACAUUUUCCAGAAUCUGACCAAAAAACAGAGGCAGUCAUUGAGGAAAAUGGUCAUUGACAUUGUACUUGCAACAGACAUGUCUAAGCAUAUGAAUCUAUUGGCUGAUUUAAAAACCAUGGUAGAAACCAAAAAAGUGACCAGUUCUGGUGUCCUACUUCUUGAUAACUAUUCAGACCGGAUUCAGGUUCUUCAGAAUAUGGUGCACUGUGCAGAUCUAAGCAAUCCAACCAAGCCACUUCAUCUCUACCGUCAGUGGACAGACAGAAUAAUGGAGGAAUUUUUCCGUCAGGGAGAUCGGGAAAGAGAAAGGGGAAUGGAGAUAAGUCCCAUGUGUGACAAGCACAAUGCAUCUGUAGAAAAAUCACAGGUGGGUUUUAUAGACUACAUUGUUCAUCCUUUGUGGGAGACGUGGGCAGAUCUUGUUCACCCAGAUGCCCAGGACAUCUUAGAUACACUGGAGGACAAUAGAGAAUGGUACCAGAGCACAAUCCCUCAAAGUCCCUCUCCUGCACCUGAUGGCCAGGAAGAGGGUAGGCAGGGCCAAACUGAAAAAUUCCAGUUUGAACUAACACUGGAGGAAGAUGGUGAGUCAGACACUGAAAAGGACAGUGGAAGUCAAGUAGAAGAAGACACCAGCUGCAGUGACUCAAAGACACUUUGCACCCAGGAUUCAGAAUCCACUGAAAUUCCUCUUGAUGAGCAAGUAGGGGAAGAAGUAGAAGAGGAGGAGAACCACACAGAACCUUGUGUGGUAGAAGACCAUUCUCCUCACACGUAACAACCAAGACGCAGUCUUUUGCUCUCUUGCCCUCUCCCUUUCCUUUCCUCUUUCUGUUUGUUUGGUUUUGGGUUUUGUUUUUUUGUUUGUUUUUUAAUGUUGGUUUUGGGAUUUUUUUGUAUUUGUUUUGCGGUUUUUUUGUUGUUUUUUGUUUUGGUUUUUUGUUGGUUUUCUUUUGUUUUGGGGGUUUUUUGUUUGCUUUUGGUUUUCAUUUUUUGUAGUUAAGUAAUGGUUGCCAAAGGAUAUGUCAUAUGCUUCAACCAUGGUCACAACUCAUUGUCAUCUGCCAGGCCGUUUGUUGAUAAAAACUGUCGUUGAUGACUCAGUUUGGCACUCAGGAAUAUUGUAGCCAGAAUUUUCACCUCCAUGGAAUCAGAAAGCAGGGGGAAGAACACCCAUAAACUACAUUUCAAUAAGCUUUCCAUUUGGCAGAUUUGAUUAAAUAAAGCAUAUGUUUUCAGAGGAGUACCACCUGCCAACCAAAUGCUGGUAUGCUUUGAUAGUUUUUGAAUUCAUUGUAUUUCACAAGCAUUGUAUUUUCACAAAGCAUUGGAUAAUGUUCAUCUUGAGAGGAAACAGAUAGAAAAUAAACAGGUUCCUACUGGAAAUCAAAUGCAUGUAAAUGGUGGGACACAAUAUGAUUCUGUUACCAAUAGGAAGAUGAGCUGUAGAAACAGCAUAAUUUUCUAAUUUCAAGUCUUCCUGAUACGUGAUUGAAAAAAGUGUAACCCAGUGGGUUGCACUAACCUCUGCAUUUUGUAUAGUAUGUAAAAGAGAGAUCUUUUGUAGAGCUUACUUUGAAUAUUAAAUGUACUGAGCUAUAAUAUUUGAAGAAAACCGCUUUUAGACUUCAUCUGCUACUCUUUUUUUUUUUUUUUUUUUUUUUUUCUCUCCCAAAGAAUAACUUGCAAGAUUUCAGUACAAAUCUGUGCUACACUGGAUAAAACUUCUAGGGUUUUUUCCUUUCAUUCUGUUUUUUGCACCUUAGAAUCUCAUGGUAGUAUCAAACUGCAAACGUCUAUUUUAUAUAUUAGUGAGUUCCAUGAAUAUCUUUUUAUGUUACAUAAAACUUUUUCAGUAUGAUAGCUUUUUUGUUUCUUUGGUUUUUUUUACAGUUUUCCUAAACGCAUCAGAGGAACUUGUGUUGUGCUUUUGCCCCCGUAGUGGCCUGAUCCUGCUCAUUCUGUCUUACUACAAGAAGUGGUCUCAGUGAAGCAAACUGGGAUUUGCAGGACUAGAGCCCAUAAGGAAGGUGGUGAAUUGUCAUCUUAAUACAAAAGCAGCUUUUCUGCUAUACUAAAAAUUUGUCCCUCUGAAACACGGUUUCCAGACCAUUUUUGGCUUGGUGCUGUGGACUCCUAAAUCAGAACAGGCUAAUAUGGAAUAUUUGUUCUGGCAACAGAAGCAUUAGCGUAAUAUUUCCAAUUUUGGCUUUCUUAACUUUUUAUCUGUAAGCUAUCUAGUUAAGCCAUUUGCUAAUAGAUGUAUACAACAUAAAAAUAAUUAUUAGCAUUAUUUGUUCAUGUCUUUGUUGCAAGAGGAGCUAGGUCAGUCUUGUCUUCUUGUGUUUUUAAGUAAAUGAGCAAUGCAUCAUGAGAGUUGUAGUUUAUUCCACAUUAUUUCAAUCUCAGAUGUUUUCAUCCUUUAUCCAGCUUGUGCUGAGGAAAUUUGGUCCUGAAAGCUUUUGGAAACUUAACUUGGAAAGUUAAAGGGAGGUAGGAGUAGGUAUUUGUCAUUUUCCGGUCCUAAGAUUGGUCACAUGAAAGAAGAAGGAACCUUAUUUCCUCCACUUCAUUCUUCUUUAAAAUUGUAGGUUUGAGUGUAGAAGAUGGGGGAUAGUUGUCUAGGGAAGCUAGCAGACUCCCACUCUGUAAAAUUCUGGUAAAAUGACAGAAUCAAGAUGAUUUCUUAACAAAGGAAGAUAGCAGCAGCCAUUAUUUCUGCUUUGGAUUAAUUUUUUAGUAAAUUUGCAGGUAUGAAUACAGGGGUGUUUUUAAGCAUCUGAGAUCUAGAAUAAAAACAUGUUCUAAAAUGUUUGGAUAAGAAUUCAGUGUUUAAAUGCAUUUUGCAUUCUUCUGUAUCCAGGUCAUAGUUUUCUCUACCUUUAGCCCUCACAGCGCCUUAGCACACAAGGUGCUGGAGGAGGAACGAGAAUGAAGAGAACUCAUGGGGUUUGGUUUUUUUUUUCAGGUUUUGACUUUUUGUUUGUUUGUUUAUUUGUUGUUUGGUUUUGUUCUUAAUUUCUUCCUGAACCUGAUCCAUCUAAAAAUCCUUUCAAUCCCCAAGAGUGCCUGGAACCUUAAUAAUGGACAAGCAAUAUAAAUUCCAAAAGAACCAAUGGGGACCUGAAGAGGUUUUGUAUCUGCACUAAUGGAAAGUAAAUGAAGAGAAUAACACCGUAGUGUGAAAUACACACCCAUACAUGUGGACAAUCAAAUAAUAGAAAACUUUAUCAUUUCUUAGAGCUGGGGAUAUAAUGCACUGUACAAUCUUUUUUUCCUCUUUUGCCAAAGUGUGUUUUUAGCAUUGUACACUGCUGUAAAACAAUACAAUUUACAAGUGGCUUUAUGUGUUCUGAGUAUUUUUGCCAUAAAAAAAUGCAGUGAAUGGGGAUUGAGCGGGCGGGGGGGAAGAAAAUUCACCUUGCUUGUAACAGUACACUUUAGCUUGCAAGUUACUGUGCUCGAUAAUGCUGUAUUUGAAUUCUUAAAUUGUUUUGUGUCAUUAAAAAAUGAUAAUGAAAGAAUAUAGGUAGAGCGAAUAGCAUUCAGAAGUUCAAAAAACUUGAAUGAAAUUGAUUUUACGGAAAGCUUUGACAAUUCUUUUCAAACGCAUUAUUUAUUUGUGCCAUGCAUUUUUCUCACCAAAUGACCUUACCUGUAAUACAGUCUUGUUUGUCUCUGUUUACAACCAUGUAUUUAUUGUAAUGUACAUACUGUAAUGUUAAUUGUAAAUUAUCAGUUCUUAUAACAUCACCCUUGUCAGGGUGGUGUUGCUAUAUUUGGAAACUCUUGGUGAGAGAAUGAUUAUUGUGUAUACAUAUUCCUUGUACAUUUUUUUCUCCUGUAAUAUAUUCAAUGUCACCUUAGAGCUUGUUUAUGAAAGAUUCAAGAAAAGUAUAAAAUACAUAAAGAUAUAUCAAUAAAAAAGCUGCAGGUCUUUGGUCCCAGGGCUGUGCCUUAACUUUAAACAAUAUUUUCUUCUGUUUUGCUGCAUUUGAAAGUAAGGUGGCUGUGGGGAUAGGGCUGGGCAUUUCUACCAUAUUUUUAGUUACUAACUGAUGGGGUUACUCAUAUGAGCUAAUAUGCAUGAUACUUCAAUGAGCUUUCAUUCAUGAUUCUAGUGGAAGUUCAAGCUUUUCCAGACUUCUGGCAGUAUAACAGUACUGUGUCUCUGAUUAUCUUCUUGCAGGCUUUCAUCAGGGAUUAUUGCAGCCAUUUUUUGCUCAUUUAAAAAAAAAAAAAAAAAAAAAAAAAAGCAGCGAGCUGUAUUCCAGUACUGAAUUGCACUGAAACAGCUUUGGAAAGCAUCUGUAAUAAACAUUUGAUUUUAAUGCGUAUUGGGAAAUGGAACCAUUAGAAUUAAAAAGGUAUAACUCAUACACUUUUACAAUCAUCUGCAAUAUCCAUUCUUUAUUUAGUGGCACAGAUUAUCACUAUAUAAGCAAAAUCCAUGGAAUAGGAUAAAAGACAACUUCAAUCUUGGAAAUGCUUUCCAACACCAUUAUUAGUGUUGUAAGCAGACAAAGUUUUAUUUUAUAUAGAUGUAUCUAAGAGGUUGUACAGCUGUGUAUAGCAUAAUGCACUAGAUCUACAGGAGAGCGGUAAACCUACCUUUAGAUCUUUCAAAAACACUAGUACUAGGUUUGCAGGUUGGACUGAGCAUCCCUUGCUGUUUGACUUGUCACAAUGCUCAAGAGCACUUAAGAGCUAAUAUCAGUGUACUUGCCAGAGCAAGGUAAAUACCUCUCCUCCAUUCCGGUGAUGCCCAGCCCUUGUAGCAACGCGACAACUUGGUGAAAGGAGAGAUUCAGUUUCAAGGAAAAACAGAGCCUUCUUUUUGACACAAACUGUAGAUUUUAGCAGCCCUGGCCCAAAGGAAAUUGAUUGCUUUUGUUUAAAACGGUAUAAAAGGGACACUAUAACAACAGAAAUCCUGAACAUUUUUUUUUUGUUACUGUUCUAAUUUGAUUUUUCCUUUGGGUGUGUCUUGAGAGUGGCAACUUGUGUGAUCAUUGCACAUGACUAUCUUUCACUUGUUUCUUAGCCUCUCUUACAGCCUAUGGGAUAGUACUGUACAUCAAUACCUUCAUAUGAAAUUUUAUAUGCAAUGGAAAUAAAAGCAUGGGUUGGUUCUGCCUA